AUGGGGUGGAGAUUGUGGUGCAUGAGAAGUGGUGCCUCANUGAUUGGGGAAACGGGUCCGUUUAUUAGGGAUUGGGUUACUUGGAAUCAGGUGUUUUUGAUUGUUGAUAUUGUUUGUUGCUGUGCUAUUAUCUUCCCUAUUGUUUGGUCGAUUAGGUCGCUGAGGGAGACAUCGAAAACUGAUGGAAAGGCUGCUAAGAAUUUGGCGAAAUUGACUUUGUUUAGGCAGUUUUACAUUGUGGUGAUCGGAUACUUGUACUUCACGAGAAUUGUUGUGUUUGCGUUGAGGACGAUUGCGGCUUAUAAGUACCAAUGGGUGGCAAAUGCUGCCGAGGAGAUAGCCAGUCUGGCGUUCUACAUGGUGAUGUUUUACAUGUUUAGGCCAGUGGAGAAGAAUGAGUACUUUGUUCUUGAUGACGAGGAAGAAGAGGCUGCAGAGUUGGCUCUUCGGGAUGAGGAAUUUGAGCUGUGAAGUUGAGAUCUCGUGGAAGGUCUCCUCCUGUCAUUUUAUACGGUUUGCAGCCUAACACUGUGAGUUCACUGAAGUGAUAGUUAGGUUUGCUGGGAUGAUAUAUCAUUUACUGUUCUUUUACUUUUUCACUUUUAUUAAACAAUAUUUUGGGUUAUUGUAGUAGCACUGGUAUCAUGGAACAGUUGUUUCAUUUUUGGAUAUUGUAAGUUCUUUCGAUGAAAUUACUAUGUAAACCUCAUUUUCAUGAUACAGUGGUUUAUCAUGGUUUCCUCCU